AUGCCUAUCAGCAAGGACAAGCUGGUUUUAAUAUUAGGGAUUGUCUGCUUGGAACAAGGUCAUUCUGCAACUCUUUCUUCCAUCAGAGCUCCUGACUGUGGGAAGAGUCUGGUUAAGCCCUGGCCUCAGAAUUACUUUAGCCUUUUCAGUCGCAUUGUUGGAGGAAGCCAAGUGAAAAAGGGUUCCUAUCCUUGGCAAGUGUCUCUGAAACAAAAGCAGAAGCACAUCUGUGGAGGGACCAUCAUCUCUUCACAGUGGGUCAUCACAGCUGCUCAUUGCAUGGCAAACAGAAAUAUUGCAUUAACUUUGAAUGUAACUGCUGGAGAACAUGACUUGAGCCAAGCCGAGCCAGGAGAACAAACACUUGCCAUUGAAACCAUCAUCAUACACCCGCAGUUCUCCACCAAAAAACCUAUGAACUAUGAUAUAGCCCUUCUGAAGAUGGUUGGAACCUUCCAAUUUGGCCAGUUUGUGAGGCCCGUGUGUCUUCCAGAGCCAGGAGAACAAUUUAAUGCUGGAUAUGUCUGUACAACUGCAGGCUGGGGUCGCUUGUCUGAAGGUGGCAGCCUCCCACAAGUCUUGCAGCAGGUGAACCUGCCAAUUUUGACGCACGAGGAAUGCGAGGCUGUUAUGUUGACCUUAAGGAACCCCAUUACUGGGAAGACCUUUCUCUGCACAGGAUCCCCUGAUGGAGGGAGAGACGCAUGUCAGGGAGAUUCAGGAGGGUCGCUUAUGUGUCAGAAUAGGAAAGGGGCCUGGACUCUAGCUGGAGUGACUUCUUGGGGUCUGGGCUGUGGUCGAAGCUGGAGAAACAAUGCAAGGAAGAAAGAACAAGGAUCUCCUGGGAUCUUCACAGAUCUUAGGAGAGUGCUUCCCUGGAUCCAUGAACACGUCCAGACUGGCCAUCGAAGAAAGAGCACCAAAGCCUCAUGCAGUGAGCCUGAUGGUCUAAUCAGUGGAUCUGAGGGAGAGUUGCACUUCCCAGAAAGCCUCCACCUAUACUAUGAAAGCAAGCAACUGUGUGUCUGGACCUUCCUGGUUCCAGAGGACAUGCAUAUGUUGUUCAGUUUGUCACACUUGGAUGUAGAGUCUUGUCACCACAAUUACCUGGCAAUGUACUCUUUAGAAGACAGACUCGUUGGGAAAUUCUGUGGAGAAAGUCUCCCUUCAUCUAUUCUCAUUGGUUCCAGUUCUAUCCAGCUGAGAUUCAUCUCUGAUGCCACAGAUUAUGCCACUGGGUUUAAUCUCACCUAUAAAGCUCUUAAGUCAAGCUAUCAUCCUGAUUCCGGCUGCAGGUCUCUAACUAUCCUCUUUGAAGAAGGCACUAUACAGAGUCUUCACUAUCCUGAAGAGUACAGUGACAUGGCUAGCUGUACCUGGAUUUUUCAAGCCCCCAACCAUUUCCUAAUUAAGCUGUCAUUUCAGAGCCUAGAAAUAGAAGAAAAUGGAGACUGCACUUCUGACUAUGUGACUGUAUAUAGCGAUGUCGAGAGGGAGAAUGAAAUAGCUCGGUUCUGUAGCUAUGAGGUACCCAGCCCUGUGCUGAGCUCCAGUGUAAUGCUCAUCAACUUCCAAUCAGAUGAAAAUGGCACCUCCAGGGGCUUCCAGGCUGAUGUUUCCUUCAUUUCUAGAGCAGAUUUCAAUAUCUCCAUAUCAGAGAAUGAAUCAGUGCCUCUGGAUGUGCCACUUAGAGCAAUGGAAAUUUUGGAUGCAGAUAGAGAAACACAUACAAGGACACCAUAUGAAGAAGAAGACAUCGAUGAGACGCCAGCAAUUGACGGUGACUUACUGAAGCAAGGGAAGAGGUACGGGAAGCAUUGA